AUGGUAGUAACACUUCGGCCUGCACCACCCUCAAUAUUUAAGGUUUUUCCUUAUGUUCCCUUAUUUUUAAAGGGAUUGAAGUCUUGCAUUAAUUUGAAAUGGCUAUCAGUUGUUCAAAACAAAUUGCAAACUUUGAAGGGAAUUGAAGGACUCACUAAACUCACUGUGUUUAAUGCAGGCAAAAAUAAGCUUAUAACAAUGGAAGAGGUUAGGUCUCUUGUCAAUCUACGCGCAUUAAUUUUGAAUGACAACGAGAUUGUUUCCAUAUGUGGACUUGAUGAGAUGAAAGACUUGAACACUCUUGUACUUUCUAGGAAUCCUAUCUGUGAAAUUGGUGAUUCUCUUGUCAACCUGAAAUCUAUCACAAAGCUCUCUGCAUCUAACUGCCAAAUUCAAGCUAUUGACUCUGCGCUCAAGUGCUGCAUUGAAUUAAAAGAGCUUCGACUUGCUCACAAUGAUAUCAAAAGUCUCCCAGCAGAGUUGUCUUAUAAUAAAAAGCUUCAAAAUUUGGACUUGGGAAAUAACUUGAUUGCUAGAUGGUCAGAAUUGAAGGCACUGGACUCAUUAGUCAAUCUGAAGAAUCUCAAUCUACAAGGAAAUCCUAUAGCUGAAAAGGAAAAAUUGGCAAAGAAGGUUAAGAGGGUACUGCCUAACUUGCAUAUAUUCAAUGCAAGACCAAUUGAUAAAAGCAUCAAAAGCGAAUUGGGUAAAGUUGUUGACAUUGUUUCCCAUACUACUGCUUACAAGGAGGAAAUUCAUGAGGAGAGAAAGGAUCAAAAACAGAAAAAGAAUCUCAAAUUUCAAGGGCCGGUUCAAAAGCAGGAUGUCAGUCUUGAUAAUGCUACUGGUCUUGAUGCUGAUAAAGAAUUGAAAAGGAAAAGGAAGAAAGGAAAUGGCAAGCUGUCUACAGAAGUUCCAGUCGAUAAGGAGGAUGUCAUUGUUGAGAAGGAAGAAAAGAAGAAAAAUCAAAGGGGGAAGAGGAAAAUCUGAGUCAUCUUGGUGUGGAGA